AAGGUUUCUGACGUCACUGUGCUGCACUUCUACAACCUCUGCUUUCAGAAAUCACUGGUUUGUUGUUGUGCUGAAGUGACUCGUGAGUCACUCUCUGAGCCAGACAAAUCAAUAACAAUGCAUAUUUAUUAGCUGUAUAACUUCCUGUCAUGACAGUAAACAGAUUGCAUUCUUAAAACCACUAAUAAGUUGUUGAGGUUUUUAGUUAUGGUAGCUAUCUGGCUAGCAGUGCCACACAGAUAAUGGUUCCCCUAAAACGCAGGAAGGUGACUACAGAGCAAACUGCAAGUCAUGACAGUAAAGCGUGCAAAUUUCCUGAUAUUGUCAUAUUCAUCGUGGAAAGGAAGAUGGGUGCGUCCAGAAAAGCUUUCCUGACGCGUCUUGGAAGGAGUAAAGGGUUUCUGAUUGAAGAAUCUUACAGCUCCUCCAUCACACAUGUGGUGUCAGAAAACAACACUGGAGAUGAGGUUGACAUUUGGAUUAAGAAACAGGAAAUUGAAGGAAAAGUCUCAACCAAGUCAGUCAAUCUGCUGCACAUCAGUUGGUUGACUGAGAGCAUGGCGAGCGGAAAUCCUGUCCCCAUUCAGGACAGACACAGGUUAAAGACCAGCCCGAAGCCCUGUGAGGUCACUCCUGCAAUUAUAAUGAAGAGUUACGCUUGUCAGAGGAGAACUCCACUGAAGCACCACAACUCAUUCCUUACAGAACCUCUGGAGAUCUUAGCCGAGAAUGCAGAGUUCAGUGAGAAUGAAGGCAGGAGCUUAGCUUUCCGAAGGUCGGCGGCUGUCUUGAAGGCACUUCCUCAUGCCGUGCGUGCGAUGGACGAAUUGAAGGACUUGCCCUGCUUGGGUGAGCAUUCACUGAGAGUUAUAAAGGAGAUUUUAGAAGAUGGCGCAUCAAGUGAAGUGGAAUCAACCAGACAGUCUGAGCAGUUUCAAGCCAUGAAGGCACUGACUGGUGUUUUUGGUGUAGGAGUAAGGACUGCGGAUCGGUGGUUUAGGGAAGGCCUACGUAGCCCGUUAGACCUUAUACACACAGGGCAAAAGCUGAACCAUGCACAGCAAGCAGGAGUGCAGCAUUAUAAUGAUCUGAACACACCUGUCACUAAAAAGGAGGCUACGGUGAUCAGCGACAUUGUAGAGAGGGCAGUAAAAGCUGUGCUGCCCGGGGCAAUUAUUAUACUCACAGGAGGAUUCAGAAGGGGUAAGGAGGUGGGCCAUGAUGUGGAUUUCCUCAUCACACACCCAGAGGAGGGGGCAGAAGAAAGAUUGAUGCCCAAAAUUGUGAAUUGGUUGGACGAGCAGGGUUUGCUGUUGUACCAGAAAACAACUAGGAAUUCUUACCUAGAGAGUAAAGAAGGACCUGCUCGUCCUCCUAGUAACAUGGACCGAUUUGAGAGAUGCUUCUCUAUAUUCAAGCUUGAACAAACUAAAGUGGACAGUGAUACACAGGUCGAAGCUUCUUCGUAUAACUCGAGCACGACAGAUAGAACAGAGGAAUAUCAUUCAGGAUCCACAUGGAGAGCUGUUCGAGUCGAUCUUGUAGUCAGUCCUUACAGUCAGUUUGCUUUUGCUACACUUGGCUGGACAGGAUCCAAGCUCUUUGAGAGGGAGCUGAGGCGCUGGGCAGGACAGGAGAAGAGAAUGUCCUUAAGCAGUCAUGCACUCUACGACAGCAAACAACAGCGUUAUCUUCAAGCAAACUCCGAAGAGGAAAUUUUCACUCAUUUGGGCCUGGAGUACAUUCCGCCUUCGGAGAGGAACGCGUGAUGCACUUCAGUCCAGCCCGGUUUACUCACUACCUCAGCUGAUUGAUCAUUUUGUCAGAAUCGGACAACUUGCCUUAUCACCAUGUUAAUUUAAAUGAUGCAUCCUUCAGUCCAUUCUGUGUAAAAAAAACAAACAAAAAAAAUUUGAGGAAUUAUUAUUAUUGUUGCUGUUGUUAUUACAUUCCUCAAAUUUCCACAUCAAAUGCAGUAAUGUUAUCAUGUACCUGCAAAUUCUGCUUUUAUUAGUGAAUUGACUUUCUUUAAUUUUAUAGGAUUAUAUUUUUUAACUAAGAAUUCAAUUUUUAUGAAUGUUACAUGCUCUGUGACAAACUAUGAAUCAAUCUCUCUGAAUGAAUCAUCCAGAAAUAUAUAUAUAAAUAUGUAUAUAUUUAUUUUUUGUUAUCUUCUAUAUCGUUAU